CAGCUACUCUCUGAUCUCUGCACAUCCUCACAGUCCGUAAGAACCUUCAAAUAUAAUCGAGCUUUAUUAGCAAACCACACCAUGUCGUCUGGCCUCUCUCAAUGCUGCGUCUCCGGACACAUCCACGCCGGAACCCCUAAAGGUUCUUGGGAAGACAUUGGCGGUUUGCGAACCUAUGUCAGCAAGCCCAAGGACGGUAGCAAGCAGAAGACUGCCGUCUUCUUGCCGGACAUCUUUGGCGUGAACAUCCCCAAUACCCAGCUCUUGGCUGAUACUUGGGCGGAGAACGGGUUCUAUGUCGUCCUACCUGAUAUCUUCCAGGGCGAUGCUGUGCCUCUUGAGCACAUCAACACUAUCACCCCCAAGAAGCGGACGCAGGACGAAGGCGGUAUCACCGGAGCUAUCAAGACGAACGCUACGGCCGCCUACGAUCUUGUCCCCUUUGUCACCAAACACAGGGAGGCCGUCGUCAAGCCUUUGAUCGACAACUUUUUCAAGGCCAUCAAGGCUGAUAGCGAGACUGACAAGAUCAUCGCCGUCGGGUUCUGCUUCGGAGGGCGUUACGCCUUCCUCGCCGGCCGCACCGACUCGCCCGUCCAGGUCGAUGUUGUCGUUAGCUACCACCCUUCGCUCUUGGCCGUCCCUACCGACUUUGAGAACCUCACCGUUCCUACCUAUGUCGGACACGGGACCGCCGACAACUUUGUUACCAACGACGAUGCGAUCGAGUCGGCUUUGAUUCAGGCUGUCGGGAAAGAGAAGCUUUUGUUCGAGCGUUACGAAGAUGCUUCUCACGGAUACGCCGUGCGGGGAGACGACCUGAAUGAAAAGGAGAGGACGCAGAAGGAGGAGACCGCCAAGGCGGCCAUGGCAUUCGUCAACAAGUGGAUGUAAUGUACUACGCGUUACGCGACCAUUGAAAAGAAAUGAUGAAAUGAAACGCUUGAUUAUUCGCA